AUGACUCCCCGGGAGCACAUGAGGAAGAUGUCUCUGCUGGGGGAACAAGGAACGCUGGAGGAGAAGCACCUGUACCGAUUAGCAAGUGGAAUGGCAGCAGGAGAGCUGCGGCAGCGGCAGGAGAUGCUGAUGAGGAAUCAGCUGAUGGCCGUGAAUCCCCAGCUGAUGGCGCCGGGCCAGCAGAGGGUGCAGGCGAUCCCUGCCCAGUUUGAGCCGCGCCUGGUGGACAGAGACCUGUUACCUUCCACAGAAAUGAUGGCCUCGGCUGAUCCCAGGCAAAUCCACAUCUCCUCCCACCUCGGGCCCGCAGUGCCGCCCCACCCCAACGUGCCGAACAUCCUGGCCAACAGAGUUUACCCGGGCCCAGGAUACAGCUUUCUACAACCAGAAUCCAUGGAAGCUGUGGCCAGAAGACAGGAACUGGCUCAAAAGCAAAAUAUUGCCAGAAUGGAGAUGGAGAUGAGCGCUAUUUUCCAGCAGAAGGAGAUGGAGAAAGCCCAUCGGAAAGGGCUGCUGGGGCUGGAGGCGCCUUUCCUGUACCACCCAGCCAGCCCCAUCGCCUUCCGGGGCAGGCACAGGCUGCCCGAGGGCCACCUCCCCAGCGACCUGUACGUGCAUCGCAGCAGCCUGGAUGACAUCCACGGCAACGCCGUGCUCAUGGCAACCAGCCCCUACCCGCCGGUGGCCACGCUGCAGAGGGAGAGGGGGCGCCGGCCGGGGAGGAGAGCUGGAAACCACAAAGCUGCGGAUGGCAGCGCCAACGGCACCAAGAGCCAGGCCGAGGACAAACCCGCGGACUCCGCUGCGGCUGCGGUGGAUGAGGAGAAAGAAGACAAGAAAGAAAUAGAGGUGGAGACACCGAACAAACACGAGCAAAGCAAAAGCCAGGCUGAGCCGUCUGCAGCCGCCAAAAACUGUAAAGAAUUUGAGCAAGGCUUGAGAAAGAACUGUGCUGCUCACGAAAUUUCCACUGAAACCAACAGCUGCAGCAACACCAACGAGAAGGAAGCCAAUAGCUCCUGUGCUGCUUUUGAUGACAAGUACAUGUACCCUUCUGCCAUCCCAUUCUCAGCGUUACCAUAUGGAAUUCCAGUGCCCAACAACCCGUUGCUACCUUCAGGAGCACAUGGCCUGAUCCUGAAUGGAGAAGACAUUUCCUCCGUCGAAGACAUUCGCAAGUGGACUGUUGAUGACGUGCACAACUUCAUCGUCAGCCUCCCAGGCUGCUCGGAUUAUGCCCAGAUAUUUAAAGACCAUGCUAUUGAUGGAGAAACCCUCCCACUGCUAACAGAGGAACAUCUCCUGGAUACAAUGGGAUUAAAACUCGGACCAGCAUUAAAAAUCCGCUCUCAGGUGUCCCGGCGCCUGGGAAACGUGUUCUACAUGAUGAAUCUCCCUCUGCCGGUGCCCCUGCCCGCGCCUGCCGGGAAACCCUCGGAGCAGCCCUCGGACAUGGCCUCCCCCCUGCACUGCAACAGCAGCGGGGACACGCUGGACAGUCCCUGCUCUCAGGACCCAGAAACUUCCCAGGCAGUGGAACAGAUCGGUUCAGAAAGCAGGGAAAAUCCCUGUGACACUGCUGGGUCUCAGGCUGACUUCCAGAUGAUGGCUUUCCAGAAAAGCUGAGCUAAAACCAGGACACAACAUGUUUUUAAUAACACAGGAACCUCUAGUCACAAAGUGAUCGGGAAGGAGCUACAGCCUGAAACCUCUGUGUGGCUGAAGGAAAUGAGCUGCCAGUGCAGCAUGAGGAAAUGUAGCAUCUCAAAGGUAUUAAAAAUGCAACUACAUGUUAGUGCAAUUACUUUAAAGUGCAAUUCAUUGGAAAGAAUACUAAUACAGUCAGCAGGUAAAUUUAAUUUUUCAUUACAGUCCAGUGGCACCACUGAAAGCUGUCAGAGACUCAGAAUGCACUGUCUGUCUCACAUCUGUCUUACACUGUGUUCCUGUGGGCUGCUGAGAAACUACCUGGGAAAGUCACAACUUCCAGACGUGGCUGACUCCUCCUUCCACUGAACAAAAUUUAUACCGAACAUUUAUAUGGAAUUCAUUGGGAGAGUAUGGAAUUACCUUCAGAAUACAGAGAAAUCUGAGUUCAUCCCACUGCUAUUCCAGAACUAAGCCUUUCUAAGUGCCUGGGAAGGGUAUACAGGGUAUAAGGAAGAUGCACGAAUUAAACUCUGGACAUGAAAAUACCAGGUGUGACAGUAAUUUUAAUUUUAUUAAUUUUAAUUAUUCCAAGGCAUUCUUUUCACCAGGGCUGGAAUUUGGUUUGUGUGAUUGCACAGCUGAGAUUUUAGGGGGAAGCACCCGCAGACUCUGCCAUGAAGACCAGUCACUGGAGGACAGGAGCAUUCCUGCAGGCACCAGGCUCAAACCCACCUGGUUCCUGCCAACCUCUGCCAGAACAACCUUCCCCUGGCUUGCCUGGGAAAGCCAUGGAAAGCCCUUCACUCAGCAGCGUGCUCAGUGUUCUUCUUUUUGGGAAAGGACACCGAUUUUAGCCUGAAAGCUCCCUUUUCUCUGCAAAGAUAUGAUUUCCCCUCACUUGUGCUACUGAUGAGUCAUUAUCUCACAGCAAAAAAAAGAACAAGAGAACAAGAAAUAGAGCUUUUGGCUAAGGAUAAACCCCCAGCAUUUAUUGUGAUUUCUGUGUGACUUAUCUUUGUUCCCUCUGCAGGGGUUUGUUCAUACACUGGUUUUCCACUGAGGCUUUGAAGUCAGUAUAUUUCCACCCUUCUCCUUGCAAGAACACUUCUUUACUCCAAAGGACACACAAAUAUUUGUGAUAAUUGAAGUUCUGUGAAUGGAGUUCUGUGGAUCUGCUGUAGGUUGCUACUUUAGAUUCGCUCCCCUUAGUUUAGUUUGUGUGGCCUCAAGUACUUAAAGCCCAAAGAGGUAUAGAUGUUUAGAUGGUGAGAGGAGGGAGAGUAUUUUCAUAUUCUGUUCUUCUAUUUUAGCUUAAGAGAACUUAUUUUGUGUCUUUGCUGUAUUUUUGCACUAGAUAAUGGGUAAAUUAGAUAUUUGCAACAGUGACUUGAGAUGUUCAUCUUGUUAUACUGCCCACCCUUUGCAGCCUUUGGAAGAAGGGCAAAACCCUGUAUUCUUUUUAGCGUGGGCAACAAUUUCUAACUUAUUUUUGUACCGCUGACAAUCACGCUGACAGCGUCACUCACCUCAUUAAACAUUUGGGUUUCAAACGGCAUCCUGCCUGCUCCCUGCAUGAAACGUUCGACUCCAUCCACACGAGGUCUUCUCCACCCCG